AUGUCUGAAAUCUACUGGAACGAUUCCGUCGUACAAAACGCCCCAAACCCAGCAUCUUAUCUUCUUCUUCGUUGUUUGAUUCCAUCUUCUAAAGCUCACCUGGUGACCAAUGUACUACGAGAAACUCCCAAUUUGCGUUCUGAACAAGUUCUAGAUGCAGCAGAUUUGCAAACUGCUUGGAUCUCAUCACUUGUGUCUCGGGGGGUCCCCAUAGCAGCCACCAUUGCAGUAGUACCUCAAUGUCCCGAAAUUGUUAUUUCGCUCUUUAAUUUUGAUUCUCAAAUUCUUUCCAGUACACUUUGUCAAAUCGCCCAGCUUGUCAAAUGCUCCAUCACAAUCCUCGCACCUUUAAACCCAAAGUCUCCAGUUUCUACGCUACUUCCAAAUUCUACAGAAUACUCAAUUCCAUUCCCCAAUUCUCAUUCCAUUAUCCCACCCCAUGCAUUUCAUUUUUUAUCUGAAUCUCACUCUUUAAUACCCACAAAGUUCUUCACUCCAUACCCGUCCCGUAGUUGCUGUCAAUUACGCAACUUGGCAACUUUUGUUUUAAAAACUACAGGCCCACCAAUUUCUUUACUUUUACCGUCUCAAAUAAAGUCGAAUGUCCAGUCUUUGCCGCAAUGUCCCACGUAUUCGUCUUCGUUUGUAUCUCCGUUUCCAUCUCUUACCAUUUGUGACGUUUCGUGUGUUAUAACAGAUCAAACAUACCAAGAUGAUACAGGAGGAUGCAGGGCCAACCGCAAGGCUGAGUAUAAAAAGGGCAGUUUUCUGUUGUCAACCACCCAACGUGCGGCUCAUAAAUCCUGUGCCCAACUCAAAACGGCCCACACAACUACAAUAGCCAACUGCUUCGACGAAGACGAAGACGAAGACGAAGACGACGUCGAAAACUGUCACAGGGUUAUAGAUAACAAGGAAAACAACGUAGAGGAGACAAACAUUAAUUACGUUGCAAACACAACUGGGAAUGAUGCAGAUCAAACGGAAUACACUAUCUCACGGGCUUCAGUGUUGUACUCAGAAACCCCCGAGUCUAAGCCACGCCAUGUUGCCUCGCUUCCUGUAUCUUCUCUGCACCCAGGCCGCGCCUCACGCACCGACCAUUUUGAGUUUCGAUUUGUACCAGACCGUGGGUUACGUACUGUGGCCGCUCGUAGGCGUGUUGAAGAAAUGUUAGCGGCAGUAAGUACAUCUACAGGCGCACGUGCACGCCUAUUUCGUGAAGUAAAUACUCGUAAACGCGGUGUUGAAAUAAGCGGGGCUCGGGCUGCAGUUGUGGCAGCUAUUGGACGCGUGCAAACUGGAUAUGCAGAUGCUUGUCUUGUUGAACGGCAGGGCAACUGUAAUGAAGGUCCUUCUGCUAAGGGAGGUUCUCGAAGUAAACGCGGGACUGUUAUUUACAAGGAGUAG